AUACACCAAAUUGAAGCUCUAACCUUAAACAACAAGGAAUGAAUCCUCAAAAGUCCCACGUAUUGACAUCUAAAACUGAAACGAGUUGGUUAUUUAUGGUGUAUACGGUAAACAAAAACUGAGCUACUGCUUCAGUGAAUUCUAAUAGGAGACAGUUAGGAAGUACGGAAGCAUGUUCUGAGUCAUGGAAGGGAAAACCGGUUGACGGAAGGCUUGAGAAAAUUUGCUUAAAGGCUGUUUAUGUUAAAACCUGCACAAAGACGCAGUCUUUCAUGGAUUGCAGACGUUUAAAAUGUAUUCAAGAUUUUCGUUUUUCAUAGGCCUGUUAAUGGUAUGCGAAAGUUUUCUCCUGGUCCGUGCAAGAGGUAACCCUACCUACGCAGUAACUUUUAAUAAGGAAAAGUUAAAAUCUCAAGCGUUUCUACCGGUUAUAAACGGAGUUGAUUGUGACAGAAUUAAAGACCGGACAUAUUGUUGGGUAAAUUGUGAGCAAGAUCAGGUUGGUUACUCUGACCACUGUUGUCGUUGCGUCUGUCGUAGAGGAUUCGCACUUGGAACAGAUAGACGGAGCUGUAUUAGAGUUUCAUGGACACCAUGGGAGUCGUGGACGCCAUGUUUGAGCACAGAAUGGGGAGGACUUGAAACACGAAGCAGACGAUGUCGUACAAAACAUGCAACAGAUGCGACAGGAAGAUGCGUAGGCGCUGGAAGUCAAUCAAGAACAUGCAGCAACAUAACUAAACCAUUUUUCAUUCGAAAAAAUAUAAGGAGCUUGACAGAAGAAGAAACGUUCGAUAUUUUGCAAGCAAUGGCUCAAUUUAAGCAAGACAACUCCACGAAUGGAUAUACAAACAUAGUAUCUUGGCACGGCUGGCCAUACCGCUGUCCCUGGAACAAAAAGUUUAUUGGACACAAGGAUGGCCAUUGUAGUUGGCACAGUGACUUGAGAUUUUGUGCAUGGCACCGAUUAAUUAUGGUUCAGUUAGAAAUGGGGUUAAGUAAAUACCUCCGGAACAAGACGUUGGGAAUUCCAUAUUGGGAUUGGACGGAAAGUGAUUGGGAUGAUAUUCCGUUUUAUUUCCGCAACAUAACCAUCCAUGAUCCUUAUAUCAACCAAACCUACCCCAACCCGUUCAAUCCUUCUGUUAUGCCAGGGCACAAACCAAUUAACGGGAUCCCAUAUCCUGUACACGCUCAGAGAAGUAUGUCAAUAUCAGGCUUAUUGGCUUCCAACUACAUGCUGAGGGGUACAAUUCGGUCUUUGCUGGCGAACAAUUACCAGUUUUUCGACGACCAAUUUGAACAGAAUCCUCAUAACCAGAUACAUCGUUGUUUUUGCAAUGAUUCGAACAAUGAAGUUAUUCUUCCCAACAAUACAAGACCUAUAUGCGAUUAUGGAAUGCCCAUCGCAACAUACGCAGGCUGGGACCCUGCCUUUCUACUACACCACAGUCAAGUCGAACGAAUUUAUGCCCUGUAUCGACUUUUACGGGAAAGGCUAGGAAUUCAAGAUUGGACACAAGAAAGAAUGAUUCAUGGAUACGAAAUUCUGGCCAAACAGUUUAAUUCUACCAAAGAACAUCUUGAAAAACUGAGAAAAGGCAUUUAUUUCAAGUUUAAUAUGCCCCUCUCGCCAUUUUGUAACGCCACAAUGAACCCAAACCACGUGACCGGUAGAAAUGGCACCUGGACGACCGCUGGCAGUUACCACUACGAACAGCUCUUUGGAUAUCGUUACGAUAACUUUAAUCUGGACAGAAAACCUUGGCAAGUUCUACUUGCAGACAUGAAGUUGAAAUUAAAGCGUCCGAAUUGGGACGAAGACUCGGCUCCGUUCGUUUCUCUUUUAAAACCGAGCUUGGGCGUAAUAAUGAAAUCCACAAGUUAUCCUUUAAUCUCUUUAAACAAAUGCACCGGUAAAUAUACGCAUUUUCUGCCCUUAAAAAAAUAAUAAAAGUAAUUCGUUUAAUGUUAAAAACAUUAAUAGUAGGUUGGGGAAGAUGGGACGUUUUUAGUACGUAAUAUCCAAGUAUCCUGAUGGUGUUUUAAACAAUUAACAACGGCCUAUGGGAGCCGAGAGCAUACAGUUUAAUAAUUCUUUAAAUGUUUAUUGUUUACAACCAAAUUGGACGAGAAUAUGGAAUGAAAGGGUGUCCCAUCUUCCCCCACACUAUUAUAUAUAUUUACUAACUUGUAUAAAACAUUUGAAUAUUUAGCGCUAUGUAUGUACACAUUUAAAACGGAACAUUUACGUCAUUCAGUUUAAAACAAAAACAGAAAUAAAGCGGUAUAUAUAUA